UCAACACCAGCGCGUCGCAUUGUACAGGUGCACUAACACGAUUCCAAGAUCAAGAACUAAUUAGUUCUUCUCAAGAGUUGACAUAACAAGAGACGAUUCCCGUCGGAACUCCACAGCUCAAGUUCGAAACUUAGUUUCUGGAGACUAUUUCGAGAUAUCUUUCCUCCUCUCUUUCCUCAAUUUCGAUAAUUCAAAGCGCCUUGAAGACGAGUGCCUGAGUGAAGUGUGAAAGUCAGUGAAUGAACAGAUUUCUCCUCGCAACACGCCGUUUUCUACGUCCGAGUGAACCUAAGGCAAUGGGUGUCAGCAGCAAGAUGUCAGAUUCUAACCCUGAGAUGAGGUCUACAGCAGCGAGAAUUUGCCGUGAAUCUUUAGCUGGAAUUUGGAAACACGUCAACUCGGAUAACAUUGUCGUCAAGCAUAUAAGUGGUGGGCUCAGCAACUGGAUGUACCUAGUUCAAUUGCCAGAAGGCACCGCCCCCCUACGUGGUGAACCCCGUCAGGUGCUCCUUCGAAUUUACGGUCAAAUGCAUGGGGAAAAGACAGUGGAGAGUAUGAUUACAGAGUCUGUUAUAUUUGCUCUACUCUCAGAGCGAAAGCUGGGACCGAAGCUCCAUGGUCUCUUCCCAGGUGGUAGGAUUGAAGAGUACAUUCCAGCUCGUCCAUUGCUCACUAAGGAGCUAGCUGAUCCUGAGUUGAGUGCUUUGACAGCUGAGAAAAUGGCGCAGAUUCAUCGAAUGCAGGUGCCAAUUAGCAAGGAGCCCACGUGGCUGUGGGACACUAUGGCUAAUUGGUUGAGCACUGCUGAGGAGGUGCUCAAAAAUUGUGAGGAGGUUGAUGCCAAGCAGAUGGACAUUGUCAAUAACAUCAGGGCGAUCAAGUUGGGGAAGGAGAUUGCAUGGUGUAGAAAUCUCGUGAAUCAGCAGAAGCACGAGGUAGUUUUCUGCCACAACGACAUGCAAGAGGGUAACAUUCUCCUCCGUCAAAACACCCGUAAGCGUGAAUUAGUGCUAAUAGACUUCGAGUAUUCUGCGUACAAUUAUCGUGGUUUCGACCUAGCUAAUCACUUCGUCGAGUGGCAGUACGACUACACAGCCCCCGAGUAUCCAUUCUACUACGAGAGACAGAAUGCUGAACCCACGGAUGAGCAAAAGCUCCACUUCAUUAGACAUUACUUGAAAACACUGGGCAAGGAGGGCACUGCGGAGGAGGAGAAAUUGUUGGAUGAAGUUAAAGUCUUUUCCAUAAUUAGUCAUCUGCUCUGGGGAUUGUGGAGUAUUGUCAAUGCCAGUCAUUCGCAGAUUCCCUUUGGCUACUGGGAUUUCGCUGACACUCGCCUGAAAAGCUACCAGUACCUAAAAGAGAAAAUGAUUGUAUCUGGCCCAGUACGAUGUGGUGUAAAAAGGAAGGACGAGCACAACGACUGAAUCAACACGACGAAGUUGGAGUGAUUCUGAGUGACUCUUUUUUCCAUUCACAUUGAGAAAAAGAGUCCAACUCACGGCCCAGCUGUUGGUCAGAGAGUGAAAAAAUAAUGAAUGGACUGCCAAGAGAGUGUGAGUGGGUGUUUAUACCAACUGUGUGAUUGAUUGCUUCCGUGAUAAUUAAUUGACAUUGUCAUUAGUGGCAGUUUAAUGAUCAUCUCCAUCGAUACAAUCAUCCAUCGAUGUUGAGGGAGACGAAAGAGAGUUUAUCAACCUACCUCAAAAAUGUGAUAAAUAGAUUAAGAGCGAGGAAUUGUUAUCUUUUGAUAAGCGAUGAAGAAUAGGAAAGAGAUCAUCAUUUAGGCUUGUUUGGACAUGGUCAGAGAGAUUUCAUUCACAAUGUCAAUAGUUAAGGGUAGAUAGUCAAUACGAAUAGUCUAUCCUCCUCAAUUAUCAACGGAAUAAUCGACGAAAUGAAGAAACUAUCGAAACACUUUACGUGAAAAUGCUGUCACAUAACGAAAAAAUAACAUCUGCGAAUCAAAAAAGGACUGCAGUGACCUCGAAUCAUUUUACUUAGGCAUUCGUGACUUGAGAACGUACUUAACAUUUCUUAUUUCGAGGAAUUGUCACUUGUCAAUUGAGAAGUGAAGUGUAGCAUUAUUUUUUUACACCCAAGUGUGGAUUGACAAAUAGUCGAAUGUUCAAUUUUUUAGCCAGCUUUCGUUGUAGCGAGCAGUAGAAUGCAUUUUUGGAGUGGGUUGCUCAUCGAUGAUAGUCUGUUCCUUUGGAUCGGAAACGUCCUCAGUAUUCCCAGUCGACAACAAGUGAUCUUGUAUUAUUUUUCAUGAAUCGAACGUAUUUUAUCCACCACGUGGCUGCUCUCAAUUGCUUUUUUCUAAUAUUAAACGCAUUCCUUGUUUCGAAAUGAAGUUAGUUGGAUGUAAUAACUUGACCGAUAAUAAUGAACAACUUCAUCAAGACAACAGUAUUAAUUUGUCGAUAUUAUGCGGUUGGCAUUAAGACUCUCGAUGUUUUAUUGAAGAUACCCAGCAGCAUUGAGGUCAGUUGGAACUACAACGGCCGGCAAUGUGUUACAAUUGGCCAUGUGAUUAGUACUUAUUGAACAUGCGUUGAUGUUUAUUCAUUGACUGAUGACACCGACUUUGAUUAUUGGAGAGAAAGAUAAUUUAGUUAGGACUAUGGUUUUGUUUUAUUCAGGAGAUUAGUUUUAUUUCGGAAAAAGGAUGUUUUACCGAUGUGUGCGUAGUUAUUGGGAAAUAUUUUUGUUGCUGCUAGGUAUCUUAAUUGGAACAAAAUUUGGAGGGAACAUCAGUCUAAUGGAAAGUCUUGAAUAUUACUACUAAUCUCCAUAUGUUUGAUGAUUUUUUUAUUUCGAACAUUAGUGCCUUCUGUUAUUUUCGCAUCAUUGAUUAUGUAUACGUGUAUUUGUAUUAAUAGCAGGAAGUUUAUUUCAAUAAAGUUAUUUCUUGACGAUAAAACAAUUGUUAUCAUUCGAACCUAGUUAUAACGUCGAUUUUAAUUAUUGAGGGAGAAAUAUUUUUGGGGCGAUUGCAUUUUUAUUGUAUUAAAGGGAUUAGUUUCAAUUUGAAAAAAAAUAUUCUACUGAUUUUGAAUAGGUAACUGGUAGAAACGGAGACAUAGAAAAAGCGACGACACAUUGAUUUAAAGAUAGUUAAUUAUCAAAUUUGUGAAUCAAAUUGCAUAAGAAAAUUUUGAUGAAUGUGGCUACUGUCAAGGGCUUUUAUUUUAAUAUUAAACGUAUUCCUUUUUUCGAAAUGGAGUUAUUUGGAUGUAAUAACUUGACCGAUAAUAAUGAAAAACUUCAUCAAGACAACAAUGUUAAUUUGUCGAUAUUAUGCGGUUGGCAUUAAGACUCGAUGUUUUAUUGAAGAUUCCCAGUAGCAUUGAGGUCAGUUGGAACUACAACGGCCGGCAAUGUGUUACAAUUGGCCAUGUGAUUAGUACUUAUUGAAUAUGCGUUGAUGUUCAUUCAUUGACUGAUGACACCGACUUUGAUUAUUGGAGAGAAAGAUAAUUUAGUUAGGGCUAUGGUUUUGUUUUAUUCAGGAGAUUAGUUUUAUUUCGGAAAAAGGAUAUUUUACCGAUGUGUGCGUAGUUAUUGGGAAAUAUUUUUGUUGUUGCUAGGUAUCCUAAUUGGAACAAAAUUUGGAGGGAACAUCAGUCUAAUGGAAAGUCUUGAAUAUUACUACUAAUCUCCAUAUGUUUGAUGAUUUUUUUAGUUCGAGCAUUAGUGCCUUCUGUUAUUUUCGCAUCAUUGAUUAUGUAUACGUGUAUUUGUAUUAAUAGCAGAAAGUUUAUUUCAAUAAAGUUAUUUCUUGACGAUAAA